AUGCCCUCUAGUAUUGUCAAUAAUUCCCCAAAACGUCGACACUCAUAUAAUAACACUCCCACAAGAAGCAGUUUGAAUACAAUAAAUGAUGAUGAGGCAGAAAAAAGUCUUCGUAGAAAGUCUUUUGCAGAAUCAAUGCGUAGAAGGUCCGGAAAUAUGGCUGUUAUUGGAUCACCUCCAAUAUUAUCAACAGAGAGGAACUCCUUUAAUACACCAUUAAAUCCACCAAGACCAUUAGAAAUUAUAACACCUAUACCAAAAAUACCAGCUGAACAAAUGUCUAUAAAUUACGAGGAAUGGAUGAAGUUGGUUACUGAUAACAAAAUAAAUGCACAAAAUAGUUGGAAGCUUGCUUUGAUAGACUAUUUUCAUGAAAUGAGUUUAUUAAAAGAUGGAGAUUCUAUAAAUUUCCAGAAAGCGUCAUGUACCUUGGAUGGAUGUGUGAAAAUUUAUACUUCUAGAGUUGAUUCUGUAGCUACUGAAACAGGAAAACUUUUAAAUGGAUUGGCAGAUAGUAGUAAGAAUGAUUUGAAUCUUCAAGAUGAUGAAGAUGAAGAUGAAGCAGAUCCAGAAAAACGUACCAAGAAAAAAAGGAAUAGAAGUGAAUCAACAUUAGUUACAUCAUAUGAUCAAUUAAUAUUAAAAAAAUUCGAUUUAGAAUUUACUGUUGAUCCUCUUUUCAAAAAAACUUCUGCUGAUUUUGAUGAAGGUGGUGCUCAAGGAUUAUUAUUGAAUCACUUGUCAGUUGACAGCGAUGUCAAAAUUAUAUUUGACGCAAGUGAUGCUAUACCAGUUCACAAGAUGGAAGAUGAUAAUAAUAUAGAAGAUAAUUCAAUUCAACUUAUGGAUUUAACAAAAUUACGGACAACAUUUCUUCCAGAUCUUGAAAGCAUAUUCAGCAAGGAUAUAUGCCCAGUGUUAAAGGGCUUCAAUUUUUUUGGAAAUAGUGAAGUAGACUUUGAUUUCUUUUUACGAAAAAUAGGCGAUGACGGUGACGACGACGAUGAUUGUAUUGAUAGUAGAUUCGAUUUUGUUGAAAAUCAUUAUACAGCAGGUGGAAAUGGUUCAGAAUUGUUUAUGGAUAAUGGUGGUGGGGAUGAUGGUGAAGAUGAUAUUUUCCUGGAUCAAAGUUUCGAAGUUGAUGAUGAACGAUCUGAGCAUCAACAACAACUUUCUGAAAGAGAUUAUCUGAUGGCAAUGUCUAAUAAUGAGAAUGAAUUAUUUUCUUAUUUUGAUUCUGCUUUUUUACGGAAUUGGGCUGGUCCUGAGCAUUGGAAAUUAAAAAGAGCUGCAAAAAAAAAACCUGAAGAUGAAAAUGGUGAAACUAAGGGAGAAAAGAAGAAAAAAGAUCCGUUUUUAAUUGACUUUAUUGAGUCUGAUGACAUUGAUACAAGUAAUAUAUUUGUCGCUGGUAAAAAUACAAUCAUUGACCCUAAAUUAGCUGAAAGGCUGCCGCACCGAAACAUUCUUCCUGAUGAUAUGCAUUUUUCAUCAAAACAACUAUUAAAAUUGUUUCUUAAACCACAGCCUACGGUUAGUUUUUCUGAAAAAGAUUUUGAAAAUGAAAAUAUUGAAGUCGAUGAAAAUUUUUGGGCAGAACAUACUAAUGGAGAUCUACCAGAAACAAAUGAUUUGGGGGGUGGCACAUUUUUCAAUGAUGAUUACGAUGGAACUGACGACGAGUUAGAUUAUGGUGAAAACCUUGUAUCACAGCCAAAAAUAAUUAAGCCUGAAUUUGUCAAAUAUUCAAAAAAAGCAAAAAGAGUUGAUGUUAAAAAACUCAAGGAGAAUAUAUGGAAAACUUUAAUACAUUCUAGAAAUUCACUAAAUGCAUCAGAAAAUGAACCAAAUGUUUGUGAUAAUAUCGAGGAAAAUGAAACUUUACCUGUUGUCAAAGAACAAAAACUCUCUGAUGUUGUUCAAAAUUUACAAGGCUUUUAUAAAGAAAAGGCUCUGAGAGAUAUUUCAGUACAAUUCUGUUUUAUUUGCGUGUUACAUUUAGCAAAUGAAAAAAAUCUUGAUAUAUUACCUACAACAACACCAUUUCCUGAAAAUAUUGGUCAUUGUUUAGAUGGUAAUUCGAGUAUAAGAGCUACCAACUAUGUUCAUGAGUUUCUUUAUAAAGUAAAAGAUGUACCAACAAUCAAAUGUAGCCAUGCUCUUAAUAUUAUAAUUGCCACACGUAAUCCAAAUAUUUUACAAAGUCUAGCAUAUUACAUGUUAAGAAUUGGAUAA